GUACUCAGUUGUUGAUAUGGCAGGAAGCUUUUGUUUAGCCUGUAAGUUGCUACAACAGCACCUCAUAUCAGCCACCUCUCAAAUGUCACUCCAUGGCAGGAAUCAGUGGACUGGUACACAACCCAUCUGUACUGGGCACUGGAAACCAUGGUGCCUGUGGACUGGAUCUGCCAGUGCUGUGAUCAGCUGCUGAGAUCGGCUGACCAGCUGAAGACGGCGCUUUCGGCGACGCUGCAGGAGCUCCGCGACCGCCACACUGGCUUGGAGGGGUCGACCGGCGCCUCUGUCGACCUGAUAUCGGCCGCCUUCAUGAAUGUUCGGCCCGAGCUGGUGACAAACGCCGCUGUCUCUUUGGAGCCGGCGAAGGACGUCUCGAGUCGCCCGCGCCCUGUGGCAAACGACUCACUUCGCUUGGAGGUCGUGGCGAGUGAUUCAGACCGCCCGGAGCUCGCCUCGAAUGACUGGGACCGCCUGGAACUCGGGGAAAGUGAUUCUGACCACCUGGAGCUUGGGGAAAGCGGUCCGGACCGCCUGGAACUUGGGGAAAGUGAUUCUGACCACCUGGAGCUUGGGGAAAGCGGUCCGGACCGCCUGGAGCUGGGGGAAAGCGCUCCAGACCACCUGGGACCUGAAGAAAGCGUUCCCGACCGCCUGGAACUUGGGGAAAGCGGUCCGGACCACUCGGAGCUUGGGGAAAGCGGUCCGGACUGUCUGGAGGUGGGGGAAAGCGGUCCAGACCACUCGGGACUUGGGGAAAGCGGUCCGAACCACCGGAAAUCGGUGACAGAUGAUGCGGUGCGACCGGACGGCGUCGGGGGCGACUCCACCUGUAUGGAACUGGUCACCGAUGUCGUGGAACUGAUGGCAGAUGACCCGGCCUGCCUGGAGCUGGUGAUGAGUGAUGCUGUCGUGCUGGAGCCGUGUUCUGCUGCGGUGGCCGACCCGGCCAGCGGCGCCCGUGAUUCAAGCCGGGCGGGCGCGCAUGGCCACGCGCAGGUGCACGCGGACCCGGAGCACUGCCGCUGCCCGCGCUGCGGGCGCGCUUACGCCAACGCGUACGCGUACCGCCGGCACCGCGCCGCCUGCGUCGACGGCCAGAUGCCCACGUGCGCCGUCUGCGCCAAGGUGUUCACGGACGCGGCGUACCUGGCGCGGCAUCAGCUGAUCCACGUGCAGCUGCGGCGACACGAGAGGUCGGUGCACGCGCCGCGGCCGGCCGCCACGUGCGAGGUGUGUGGUCGCGGGUUCAAGCGCGCCGACCACCUGCGCGCGCACAUGGUGGUGCAUUCGAGGGAGCGGCCGCACGUGUGCGGCGAGUGCGGCCGGGGCUUCACGCGCGCAGACACUCUGGCGGACCACGCGCGCCUGCACAGCGGCGAGCGGCCGUUCCGCUGCCGCCAGUGCGGAGCCGACUUCCGCGAGCACCGCGCGCUCGGCAGGCACGUGCGGCAGAAGCACGGCCCGGCGGCGGACGCGGUGGACGUCAAGGAGGAAUCUGAUGCGGCUUAG